GAUCUCCCCCCGCUUGCUCCCUCUCCAGCCGGAAAAUGAAGCAACACUCCGGCUGGAUGUUUUUCUCCCGCGCUGGGAAGAGACGGGUCUCUUGAACCCGCCGCCCACCCGCAGCUCUUUGGCCUGAAUCGCUUCUGCGCCAUUCUCCCCAACUUGGAUCCGGAGCGCCUCUCCCCGCAUUAAUCGCCGGGAGCCCCAGAUUAUCUACCGGGGGGGGGCUCCAGUCGGGGGGGGGCGGGGGAAUGAUGUCCCAUGACACGAGCGAGAGGCCCCCCAACCCGGAGCCGCCCCCCGCCACGGUCUACGUCCUCGUGGAAGACCCGCGAUCCACGGACGCGCUCCAGCUGCUCAGGUGAGAAGGCGCCCCCCGCGCGCGCUUAGGAUCGGGAAGAGGAUCGGGCGGGGCAUCUUCGGCAGGCGCCCCCUGGGGAGUCCGAGUCGCCUCCCGGAUCACUUAUCCGUGCAACGGCACUUGUGAAUCCCCGUGCAAGAAAGGCCGGCUGCGUUUCCCGCUAGGCUAGCGUUCCAAGGCGCGCGGACGGGACGACUCGUGGGGAGAGGCCCGACGCGUGUUCGCUGUCGCGGUCCAAUUGGCCCCCGACGUGUGAAUGGAGCGGCGUGAAAAAAAGAGAACUCUGCUCUUGUGCACAGGGUCAGAAGUGACUCCUGGAGCACUGGCGUUAUUGGGAAUCGGGGUCCGUGAUUUUUUUCUUCUCUCUCUCUCUCUCCCCCCCCCCAUUAUGGAAGGGGAAGUGUUGUUUAUUGGUUAGGGCUUUUGCAAAUAUCUUGGAGGCACUGUUAGAAACUGAGAUAUGAAAGCUAGGAGCUAAAUGGCACCUUAAACUUUCUAGGUUGUGGGCGCAACAACAGAAUGUCUAGGUGCACUUUUUUAUAACGAGAAUACCAAGCUGAAAAUGAAUGAACUGCAGCUAAAAUAUUAUGUUCAUUUUUCAUAUGAUCUAGUCCUUCCCCUGCCUGCCCACCCCUAUAUAUUCUUAAGAGGGUCUCGUUUCCAGUCUUCAGAGAGUAGCUGGAAGUGGGGAGGCAGAAAAAGGUACAGUGGUACCUCGGGUUACAGACGCUUCAGGUUACAGACUCCGCUAACCCAGAAAUAGUACCUCGGGUUAAGAACUUUGCUUCAGGAUGAGAACAGAAAUCGGGCUCCAGCGGCGCGGCGGCAGCUGGAGGCCCCAUUAGCUAAAGUGGUGCUUCAGGUUAAGAACAGUUUCAGGUUAAGUAAGGACCUCUGGAACGAAUUAAGUACUUAACCCGAGGUACCUCUGUACUCCUUUCCUUCCACUAUGCAGUUUUAAUCUGAAAUCUUAGGCGCAGUACUGUGGCCAGAGCUCAGAAACUGCUUGCGCUAAUGAAAUUCCCUGUCACAAAAUGCGCCUAGAAAAAUGGGAGUUUCGAACCCUGCUUGGAGACCUAUAUGCAGUCGAUAAUACUUUCCUGCUUUCAGUUUAAGACACUUUAGCUGUGGACCAGCUGGGUUUAGGAACUGUGCUACCUUUAUUUUAUUUCCCUCCUUGCGGCGCACGGCAUGUAAAACUGCUUUUCAUCUGAGUGUGGGCUCACCUGGGUUAAGCACAGAGAGCUGGUUCUAAUGUCAGAAGCCUGGGCCUUAGGAAGAAGAGUGGAAAGGAGGUGUCUCUGAGCAUGUGCCAAAAGCAUGUCUCUUACCACCUCUCACCCAGUUGAGGCUGGACUUCCAUGACCUAGGGUUAACUAUAUAACCCCAAUUAAAAUGAAAACAGAAGACCUAGACCAAACCCCUUAAGGGAAUAGGAAUUCCCCUGCAAAAUCCAGGCCUCUUGGGUUUGGAAGAGGGACACAAAAGCUCUGUGUCCUGCCAGCUCCUGGUGUUUUCCCAGCCCCGUGGUUUGAAUUUGCAGAAAACCACAAAAUUAUCUGUGUGUUCAUGGUGUGUGUCUGGGGGGUGAGAGGAGAGAGAAGUAGCUCAGUCAGUGACUCAUUUUCCUCCUGUUUUGCUGACAGCAGUGCCUCUCUGGGUGCAGUUAGCUUCCAAUUCUUCCCUUUUCUGCAAAAACUUUCUGCUGAUUUCAACUUUUACCUGCGAACCGAUCAGUGCCAGCCAUGGGCUCUCUUGUUGACUGUCGUUCGAAUUCCCAUUUCUGCUCCGUUCUCCCUGCCCCCAACCCCCAGGCCACCUGCCUCAGACUCAAGAGCUGGACUUUUGCUGAGAUGUGCACUCUUGGCUCACUGGGCUUUGGAAAAACAACAAAUGUAGAUGAUGGACCUUUGAGACGCAAGUCUGACAAUGAUGUGGGGAACGGGAUAGUGGUCUCUGUUGAUCAGGGCACGGAUGGGGAACCUCUGGUCCUCAAGAACAUAAGAAUGCCAAAGCCCUGCUGGAUCAGGCGAAGGUCCAAUCUAGGCCAGCAGCACUCACAAUGCCCAGCCUGGGGAAGAAGCUCAGAAACAGGAUUUGAGUGCAACUGCAUUUUCCCUCCCUCCAGUAGAGCUAGAAUCAUAGCUGUCAAUCUUCCCUUUUUUUGCGGGAAAUUCCAUUAUUCCAGCGCGGUUUCCCGCUGCUAUCCCGGAUUGUUAGAUAUCCCAUAGACUGUCCCCGGGACAGGUGAGGCUGCUGAUCACUUAUUUUUGAGGCUGCUGGUCCCUUAUUUUCAAAUCUGAAAGUUGACAGCUAUGGCUAGAAUAUAGCCAUCAGGGUUAAAAGACACUUGUAUUGCUUGAUUACAGCUUCCAUUGGCUACAUCCCAGACCAUUGGCCAGGUGGGAAGACAAAUUCCGGGGCCACCUUUGGAUAAACCCCAGUAGUUUACCCACAUUAUGUCUGAAAUAUGUCUGGGGAGGUGAUUGGGGAAACUGUGGACUUAAGAGUAGAUACAUUUGUGGCUUGUAAGGUAUGGGCAGUUGGAUGUGGAUUUGCGAGACUCAGGUUCAGGUCUUACCUUUCUCAUAGACUUUGGUUGCAAUCCUAACUAACCCCAUUCAUUUGGAAUAAAGCUCCAUUUGAUUCAAUAGGAUUUGCUUCUGAGUAGACAAGGAUGCAGGUGGUGCUGUGGGUUAAACCACAGAGCCUAGGACUUGCCGAUCAGAAGGUCAGCGGUUCGAAUCCCCGCGACGGGGUGAGCUCCCGUUGCUCGGUCCCUGCUCCUGCCAACCUAGCAGUUCGAAAGCAUGUCAAAGUGCAAGUAGAUAAAUAGGUACCGUUCUGGAGGGAAGGUAAACGGCGUUUCCGUGUGCUGCUCUGGUUCGCCAGAAGCGGCUUAGUCAUGCUGGCCACAUGACCCAGAAGCUGUACACCGGCUCCCUUGGCCAGUAAAGCGAGAUGAGCGCCACAACCCGAGUCAGUCACGACUGGACCUAAUGGUCAGGAGUCCCUUUACCUUUACCUUUACCUUUACCUAGACAUGGUUAGGGUUGGGGAGGGGUGAAACUAGGCUUUAUUUCACCCGGGUCACAGACCCAGAUUGGCAUCUGUGUAUGCACACACAUAGGCUGGGAGCCUCAACAGUGCCCCUCUAGACAAAGAAAGCUCCCCCCCCAUAGAUACAGCUCUGGAUUGGGCUUAGUGAGUCAUUCUCUCAGAUCCAGUUUGUCCCAUCUGCAAAACAGGGAUAAUACUAUAUUAUUUUAAUGUCUUGUCAUGCCUUCUAAUAGGCACUCAGCCACUAAGUUCACUAUCAACUGGAAGUGAAACAGAGCAACACAAAAGAAGCUAGUAGCUUCUAAGUACUCCCUAGGUGAGAUGUGGGGAACUUUUGCCCCUUCAGAUGUUGCUGAACUACAGCUCUCAUCAGCCCCAACCAGUAUGGCUGAUGACCAGGGAUGUUGGGAGUUGUAGUUCAGCAAUAUCUAGUGGCUUAAAGGUUCCCUACACCUGCCCUAGGUAUACAAAAGUAUAUAAAAUUGUAAAUUUAAACUGUAACACCCCUCAAAAUGGCCUGACAAGGACUUGUGAGUUUCCAGGAUGAAAUGUUGAGGUACCGGUUGUGGAGAUGAGGGAAAGAUUAGGUCUUGGGACGGGAGACAAAAAGGGGAGUUAACUCACAUCCCUUAGAGUAAGCUUCAGAAGCAGGAAUCAGGGUUGUGGGGUGAUGUGAAAUUUAAACUCCUUGCCUGUAUUAUAGAGUGAUAUUAUAGGAGGAAGGAUUGGGUGGGGGAGAGGGAAUUCUUUCCCACUCCCCAAAACACAUCGCCUAUAUACAGUGGUACCUCAGGUUACAUACGCUUCAGGUUACAGAUUCUGCUAACCCAGAAAUAGUGCUUCAGGUUAAGAACUUUGCUUCAGGAUGAGAACAGAAAUUGUGCUUCGGCGGCGCGGCAGCAGCAGGAGGCCCCAUUAGCUAAAGUGGUGCUUCAGGUUAAGAACAGUUUCAGGUUAAGAACGGACCUCCAGAACGAAUUAAGUACUUAACCCGAGGUACCACUAACUAUAAAAUGCUGAGGUUGGAACUAUAGGAAGCUUCCUUAGGCUGAGUCGGAUCAUUGAUCUAUCUGUCCCAGUAUUGUCAACACUGUCUGGCAGCAGUCUUGAGGGUUUCAGACAGGGGUCUUUUUCAGCCAUACCUGGAGAUGCUGGCAAAAGAACCUGGGGUCUUUUGGAUGCAGAGCCAGUUCUCUUCCACUGAGGGUAGCUAUGUAGCACAGCAGGAGGCGGCUUGUGGGGUGGUCAAGCAAAGGUAUCUGCUUCCCUCCUGCCCAUGGGUCUUCUGUUCCUUCCAGGCUGGCUGGAGUCCACCUUAAGGAGAGGGAGACACACUGCAACAUUUUGUUGCAGGCCCCCCUUGUCUUAUUUCAGCCACAUGAUGCACUGGGUGAUGAUCUUUCUCAAAUGCAAAAGAAAAUGUUUCAGCACACAAAUCAUUUUGAAGAAUCCUGCGAAUUGUGAUGUUAAAAAUUAAGUGUCUUAAAAGUUUCAAUUUCAGGUGCAUCAAAACCUCACUUUUUGUGCCUUCUGCUUUGCAAGUUUUGUCGCUGAUUCCUUCUGGUCCAGCGCUGGUGCCUGGAAAUGUUGAGCUGAUAUAGUUGCCAAGCCAACUAGUCUCUUUUGCAACAUCGUUGAGCGAAUGCGUUUGUUUUUUUAUCAGUUUGAGCUUUGAGAAACCGUGUUCAAAAUACAAAAGUAAAAUAUUAUGAUAAAUUUACAAGACAUAACAGAGACUAAUCUGUUUAAAAUCUUGCCUCCGAUACCUUCCUUCCCAUGCCUGCAACUCGUUUCUCUGCUCAGGGUGCGGCGACAACGCAGCAAACGAAGAAGACCUAUAGUAACCAUAUUGAAGAAUCCAGGCGCGGUCCCUUUAAGCAGUCCCCCCCCCCACCGCUGGAGGAAAGGGCGGGGGCCCCUUGGGGGAUUGGAAUGAAGCCUCCCUGCCGCCCCCUGGCGGCCAGCGGGGCGCACUGCCGAGCCGCUUGCGCUCCGGGGCUCGCUAUUAAUAGCUUCCAAACAAGGGCGCGUUUGCGGAUGCGCAACACGGAUUGCGUUUGCUCGUGUGGAUUGGGGGAGGAGGAGGAGAGAUAAAGGGAGAUCGCGGGUGGGAAAGUGGCUCCCUUCGCGGGAAAGCAGCUGGGGCUCCUGGUGGAGAAGGCGCCGCGCGUGUGCGUGCGACACACACACACCCACCCACCCAGGGCGGGCACUGCUUUUGCGCUCCCCUCCUCCCCGCGCAGCCAGGGAUGCCGGGUUAAAAUGCUUCUCCAAAAUGGCCCGCACCAGGAAAUGCAGCCGCCGCCGCCGCCAGCCCUGGGCAGAGGCCUAAAGUGGGGCAGGGAAGCGAAGGAUCGCGGCGCCCGCGGGGAGCUGGUGGAGGAGCAGCUCGAGCAGCCCGCGGCCAGCUGGGGAAAAGACGCCGGCAAGGGAGGAGGAGGAGGAGGAGGAGGAGGUGAGCGAGAUCCGGGCCCGAUCCUAGUUCUCACGGGCUUAGGAAACUCCCAGCAACGCCCCUCUCCUUCCCAACAUCGUCUGACCUGGUUGGGGGGUGUUUUUUUUGGGGGGGGGGGGAAGAGAAGAGGUGGAGUUGUGGGCUGGGGUUUAUUUUCCAGAAAAGCGCUUUUACGCAAAACCAGCCAGCAAAACGAUCUCCUUUCGCAGCUUCUUAUAACACCGCCCUCUGGCGCAUCAAUGGACACAAAUAACGACAGGUCGAAGCAAAGCAAAGCAAAAUACGUAACGUGGCGUUUGAGAUUCAGAUAUUAUUUUUAAAAAAUGUGCGCCCCCAACAAUCCCAAGUUCGAAAUGAAUCCCAUCUCGUUCAGCGAGCUUGGCGCCCAGCCAAGGAUUGCAGGAAGUUUUUGCCACUCUGCGUCCCUCUCCCGGUUCGUGUCAAGAGAAUGAGAGAGUUGGCUUUUUUGUCGGAAGUUACUAGUCCACUUGAGGGAGGUUGGUGGGGAGGUUUCGUAACUCCUCUGCACAGAGCUGGGUGGCGCAGUUUCUGGGAAGAGGAGCUGCUGGGACAUCCACCCUUCAAAUCUCAUCUUUGCUCUUGAGAAGUCAUUCAGUGCAGAGAUGAGGAACCUCGUGACCCGCGGAGGUAGCAGGAGUCCCAUCAGCCAUGGCCAAAAACGUUUGCAGGGCCACCGGUUCUCAGUCCCUUCACUAAGUGGCCUUCUGGUGAAAUCCUAUGGCUUUUACUGAGAAGUAAUGCCCGCUAUGGUCAGUGGGGCUUAUUUACACGUUAGCUCUCAAACUUAAUCUCAAACUAAUCAAGUUACAGGGAAGCAGGCAGAGGGCCUUCUCGGUAGUGGCACCUGCCCUGUAGAACGCCCUCCUCCAAGAUCUCAAAGAGAACAACUACUACCAGACAUUUAGAAGACAUCUGAAGGCAGCCCUGUUUAGGGAAGCUUGAUGCAUUGAUGCAUUUUAAUAAUUUGUUGGAAGCCGCCCAGAGUGGCUGGGGAAGCCCAGCCAGAUGGGUGGAGUAUAAAUAAUAAAUUAUUAUUAUUAUUAAUCCGUUCCAGGAGUCCGUUCGACUCCCAAAACCGUUCGAAAACCAAGGCAAAGCUUCCAAUUGGCUGCAGGAGCUUCCUGAACUCAAGCGAAAGCAGCACCGGAUGUUCAGCUUCAGAAAAACAUUUGCAAACCGGAACACUUACUUCCAGGUUUGCAGCGUUCAGGAGCCGAUCUGUUAGAUAACUAAGCCGUUCAAGAACCAAGGUACCACUGUGUAGGAUUGCAGCUUUGCAGCACCUAACACAAUCUGAAAGUGCCAUUGAACUCACUGGGACUUACCUCCGAGUAGAUAUUUAUAGGAUUGGUGUGCUUCUCUCCCGUCUGCCAUAUGGCGCUAAUAAUACUGACCUUUGCAGGAGCGCACAGAAAUAAUGUUGAUCAGUGUUUUGCAAACUUAGGUCGCCAGCGGUUUUUGGACUACAAUUCCCAUCAUCCCUGACCUUGCUAGCUAGGGAUGAUGGGAGUUGUCAUCCAAAAACAGCUGGAGACCCAAGUUUGGGAAACACCGAUUUAGAUGAAAUUACUGGCUUUUAAACAAGUUGUUUGGUUGGGAAGUUUGAUGUACACCAGGCAUAGGCAAACUCCGGCCCUCCAGAGGUUUGGGACUACAAUUCCCAUCAUCCCUAGCUAACAGGACCAGUGGUCAGGGUUGAUGGGAAUUGUAGUCCCAAACAUCUGGAGGGCUGGAGUUUGCCUAUGCCUGAUGUACAUAUUACCUAACCUCAUCAUAGAUGGUGUUUUUUGUGGCAGGGGUGGGGAUAUAUAUUGGAGGAAGCCUGAAGUGGACAUACAAUAGCCUUUCUCAGCCUAGUGAUCACCAGAUGUUGUAGGCUUACAACUCCCAUAUUCCUUGACUAUUGGCUGUGCUGACUGGGGCUGAUGGGAGUUGGAGUCCAACAUCUGUAGAGCAUCAGGUUCAGGAAGGCUGCUCUUGUUACAACUUUAGCUGAAAAAAAACAACCACCACCAUUCAUUGUGAGCACAAGCUGCCUUCUAUUCUACCCCCCCCCCCAUUCUUUGGUAACAGCAGUGUUUAUUGCUGUAAAAAUAAACACUGCAACAGCUGUAGUUGAUGAAUCUUCUACUGACAGCUUGCAUCCCUAAUUGCUGAUACUGGCUAAAGCCAAUCGUGAAUAUCUUUGCCCAAAAGUUGCAUGACUGAUCCAUCCACACACUUAAUCAAAAGUAAAGUUCUAAUUGAAAUGGAGGGGGUAAUCCCAGGUUGCAGGUUUUAAAAUCAGGUUAAGAGUUUUGUUGCUGUUGGAUUGUCUAGUGUGCUCAUAAAUUGAUUACAGCCCAACAUUUGCGGUGCGGAUAACCCUGAGGAUUUCCUUUAUGUUGCUGUUCAAAUGCUUUCACACUUGCCCCACAGAUCUAGAAUGUACGUCAUAGAUAGAAGAGCAGCAACUUGAGCUAUGUCAUGUGUGAAUGCUGCACAAGGGGAAUUGUGGAAAGGUUGUUUUGGAAGGGCAUGGUAGCGACUGUGGAUAGAUAAGACUUGUUGUUGUUUAGUUGUUUAGUCGUGUCCGACUCUUCGUGACCCCAUGGACCAGAGCACGCCAGGCACUCCUGUCUUCCACUGCCUCCCGCAGUUUGUUCAGACUCAUAUUGGUAGCUUCGAGAACACUAUCCAUCCAUCUCGUUCUCUUCCAACAUCAGGGUCUUUUCCAGGGAGUCUUCUCUUCUCAUGAGGUGGCCAAAGUAUUGGAGCCUCAGCUUCAGGAUCUGUCCUUCCAGUGAGCACUCAGGGCUGAUUUCCUUAAGAAUGGAUAGGUUUGAUCUUCUUGCAGUCCAUGGGACUCUCAAGAGUCUCCUCCAGCAUCAUAAUUCAAAAGCAUCAAUUCUUUGGCGGUCAGCCUUCUUUAUGGUCCAGCUUUCACUUCCAUACAUCACUACUGGGAUAAGAUAAGACUAGGGAGACAGAAAUAAUGUGUUGUCUGGAGUAAUGGCUUCUGUGUUGGUUUGGAAUGUGGUAUCAAUGCUUCAGGGGUACAAUCCUAUAGGCGCUUCCUGGGGAGUAAAUCUCCCAGCCACAGUGGGACAUUCUUCCAUGUAAACAUUUAUACGAUUAUGCCGCUAAGUCUAGAAUUUUAAAUAGAAAAUCAAUUCCUUUUUUUAAAAAAUUAAAAAACCCUGCUCCUCUUUAGGGGGCAUGCUUUUAAUCAAAGCACUUCUAACUGAUUGAUCAAGCUGAUUAGCUAAUUAAGCAUUUCAGCUCUAAUAAUAGCUGAUAUUUAUUUAUACUGUACAGCGAAUUCAGGUGCGGAGAGUGCUUCACAUACUCAGUGCACUGAUGGUGCUGUAUAUAUUGAAAAAUAUUUAUUGCUGCAAGCAACAAUCCUAUGGGAUGAGACAGUGUUAUUCCUUCAGUACUGCAGACAGGGACCUGCGGUUGAAAGUACUGAUUAGCCGAAGGCCUGGUGCUUUCAUGGCUAAGCUCAGAUCUUGAACUGGAGAAGCCCAUCUCCCAGUUCAUGUGCUUCUCAACCACUACACUUGGGAGGGCCAGUCUGUGGCCCUUGAGAUGGUGUUGGACUAUAUCACCCACUGUCUCCUACCAUUGGCCAUCUUGGCUGGGUCUAAUGAGAGAACAGCCCUGUUUUUGAAAUCCCCCAGGCAUGUUUUGUGACUGGUGCGAAUCCAAUGGUGCUUCCCCCUCCAAUUUUCUUAAGCAGAAGAGCUUAUUUAUUGCAUUUAUACCCCCUUUUUUCUCCAUGGAGUACAUGGUUCACUCCCCUCCUCAGUUAAUCCCCAAAACAACACUGUGAGGUAGGUUGAGAGACUGACUGGCCCACGGUCACCUAGUGAGCUUCAUGUCUGAGUGGGGAUUUGAACCCUGAUCUCCCAGGUCCUAGUCCAACACACUAACCCAGCCUUUCUCAACCUGUGGGUUCCCAGAUGUUGUUGGGCUACAACUCCCAUCACCCCUAGCUAGCAAGGCCAGAGCUCAGGGAUGAUGGGAGUUGUAGUCCAACAACAUCUGGGGGCCACCCUGGCUUCCUAGAGUACUUCUGCGUUGGGACAGUGCUAUAAAAUAAAGUAGGUAAAUAAAUAUGGGGAAAGCCAAACAUCCCUUAGAGAAGGUUCUGAAAUGUUUUCCUUGAAGCUUGAAUUUGUUUUAUUCUGUCUUGUUUUAUUUGAUGUUUUAACGUGUUAUAAACCACUUUGAUAUUUUUUCUUAAAUAUACAACAAAAUAGAAAUUAAAAGAAUAAUAAUAAUAAUAAAUCUCACCCCCCCCUCAAAAGCACCUAGAUAUUCUGUUAUGGCGACUGUAACCUAGGUUUAAAAUGCCAUUUGGUGAUUAGUUUAUAUAUCUGAGUUUCUAACACUGGUACAACAGCACCUGAAGGUUCCUCUUCCCCAGAUUUUAUGCUAUACUGUACCAGUUCUCUCUCCUCCGCCAAUCCAAGUGGGAUGAACUUUUGAGGUUACUUACACAGACCAGGUACAGAUCGUUUUAUUCCAGGAGUGCAGACACUUUUGACAUUGUGCUAGAGGUGCAUAUAUGUUGAUGGGAGGUGUGAAAAGAAAAAGUGUUCUUGUCACAAGUGGGUAAGAUGAAACGUGGGAAGGAGAUAAUGCUGUGGGUCAUUUGCCUAUUGGUCCAGAAGGUUGACAGGGUGUGUUCAUAGGAACCGCUGCAUGGCUUGUGGUUCUCUGUGUUGAUGCAGGUUGCAUGUGUUGAAAUUAUUUGUGUAGUUGAGGCAGUUCAUUCCUUGUAUGUGGUCUGUGACUAGCAAUUUUACAAGUAGUACAUGACCAAUAAGAAUACUUCAGUGUUUAUAUAGUGCUUUCAGGAGUGACAUUAUAGACCAAACAAUCCAGACUUUUAAUCUACUGCUGCAGUUUGUUGUUUUAUUGUAUUUGGCAGUCUACAUUGUGAGCAGCUCUGAGAGCCAAGGCUGAAGGCCAGCUAAUAAAUGUUAAAAAGAUUGAUACAUGCAUUGCGAUGUGGGCCCGCAUCCUUAGUAGAACAUCAGAACCUGCCUUAUAUAGCGUUAGAACAUGGAUCCAUGGAUCCAUCCAUAUCGUCUAUGCUGACACCAAAUCUUCAAGGUAUCAGGCAGUGGGGAUUGAAUUAGGCACUUUGCAAACCAAGGCGCUGCAAGGCAGAUCAACACCAUACAUUGAAAGCCCAUCCAACGCACCUUCAAAGCACUUGGCUUAUCCCACAGAGUCCUGGGAACUGUAGUUUUCCACACAAGCUACAGUUCCCAGUACCCUUAAUGAACGACAGUGUUGGAUGUGCUUUAUGGAUCUGCUCACAGUCCCUGUGCUAUCAGAUGCAUGUUGGACAACAAUGGUAGUGUUGGAAUAGGAAUGUAUACACUGAGGGGGAACCUAGAAAGCAAGCCAACUCCAUAUCUGUGCCAAGCUUGGUGUACAUUGAAUGGAGUUACCAAACUCCUCUAGAUUACUCUUCUGAAGUACAGUGGUACCUUGGGUUACAAACACCUUGGGUUACAAACACUUUCGGUUACAGACUCCGCUAACCCAGAAGUAGUACCUCAGGUUAAGAACUUGACCUCAGGGUGAGAACAGAAAUUGUGCGGCGGUGGCGCAGCAGGAGGCCCCAUUAGCUAAAGUGGUACCUCAGGUUAAGAACGGUUUCAAGUUAAGAAUGGACCUCCAGAACGAAUUAAGUUCUUAACCAGAGGUACCACUGUAAAUAUGAAAAGGUUGAGAUUUGGUUGGUAGGCUUAUGGCCUCUGAGGCAAUUUCAAUAUGUACCAUCAUGUGGGAACAGGUGGUCAUUUAGGUACCCUUGUGCCAAACGCUUUAGGGCUUUUGUAGGUGGGAACCAGCACUUCUGAUUGAACCGAGAAACUGACCGGUAGCCCAGAGUAACUGUUUCAAAACUGGCAUGAUAUAUUAUACUCCAUACUGCUGGCCCCAGUCAAGCAACGGGCUGCUACAUUUUGUGCUACCUGUGAAUUUGUCAGUCUUAAAAGGUGACAUAGGAUUCCUGUUGUUACCACUAUUGGUGUAACCGUCUGCCACACAUCUUGGUUACUGCGGUGUUCAGCCGUGUACAUUCAUCCCACAAGGAGUAGGAACCUAGAGGCCGAGGGAUGACAAGGCAGAACCAAGAAGUCCCUGGUUGAAAUCUUGCCCUUUGCCAGAAACUCCAAAGCUUUAAGCUAUAAGCUUUACAGUUCUGUAACUGUAAAGUUACUCUACUGAACAGAACUCUACAGUUCUGUGGUUCUAUGAAGGAGAAUGCUAUCAAUGGCUAUUAGCCAUGAAUAAUGGCUAUGUUCCGUCUUCACUGUUGAAGGCAGUCUGUCUCUGAAUACCAGCUGCCAGGAAUCACAAAUGUUGUUGAGCUCAGGUCCUGCUUACAGCCUUCUCAGGGGUGUCUGGGUGACAUUUGUGAGAACAAGAUGCUGGCUUGAGGCAGACAGCUCCACCUCCAGGUCACCACUCAAAUGUAGGGAUGGUUGUUGUUGUUUAGUCGUUUAGUCGUGUCCGACUCUUUGUGACCCCAUGGACCAGAGCACGCCAGGCACUCCUGUCUUCCACUGCCCCCCGCAGUUUCGUCAAACUCAUGCUGGUAGCUUCGAGAACACUAUCCAGCCAUCUCGUCCUCUGUCGUCCCCUUCUCCUAGUGCCCUCCAUCUUUCCCAACAUCAGGGUCUUUUCCAGGGAGUCUCCUCUUCUCAUGAGGUGGCCAAAGUAUUGGAGCCUCAGCUUCAGGAUCUGUCCUUCCAGCGAGCACUCAGGGCUGAUUUCCUUCAGAAUGGAGAGGUUUGAUCUUCUUGCAGUCCAUGGGACUCUCAAGAGUCUCCUCCAGCACCAGAAUUCAAAAGCAUCAAUUCUUUGGCGAUCAGCCUUCUUUAUGGUCUUUACUACUGACCAACACUGUAGGGUUGUUGCGAGGAUUCAGGUACUGUACAUGGAUGUUCUUUUGAACACCUGAAAUGUCCUUUAUUGAAAGGCCAGAGGUUAUUGCUGGAAACACUGUGGAUAAUUUUUAAUUUUAAAAUACACCAUUGGUAUUUUUUUAGGGGAGCUGUUAACCCUGCUAGAGUCGAAGAAAAGCAGUCCUGUUAGGAAGAUGGGACAAGGUGGCUGGGAGAGGCCAGGUCUAACCCUAUAUCUGGGUUUGCAAACACAACAACCCCACGUUUCUUAGUUCUGUGGGUGGGAUUCUCACUCCUUUCCCCCAAGUUCAGCCCCAAUACUGCUACUUUCUUUUUAUUAUGACAUUCUGUGCAGUCCGUAGUUGUGAAAGUCUCUUUCGCUUCCUGAUAUUUGGCACACCAAAGCCUUUCUGUUUUGCUGAGCUUCACAGCCGAGUGAUGAUUUGAACCUGGGUCUCCCAAGUCCUUGUUCAGCAUUCUAAUCCCCACAGCACCGGGAGGGGCCUGGGUGGUGGGGCAAAGCUUGUGGAGAUACCUUCCCAACGCCAACGUCACUGGGCAGGGCAGGUAGCCGUGGGGCUGUGGCCGUAUGAACACACUGACACAGCCCUUCCACUCUUUCUGUUAUGCCCACACAGCCCUGGCAUCAAUGCUCCUCUGUCUGCUCCAGCCUCAUCUUGAUAAAUUGCAAUAAAGUCGGUUUUGGGAGGUGAUCUCUGUGCCGCUGUCCCAUUGUGGCUGCUGUCGUAUGCCACGCAGACUUAGGUGUGGGCAUUCCACAUUCCCAUUGGUUCAGCCUUGCUGUGUGAAACAGGACUAAGUUGUACUCUACAGAGAUUUAAGGAAGGGAGGAACCUGAGCUUACACUGCCGACUGGUGGGCAACAUGCAGUAAAAGAUGGCAUCAAGGAAGUCGAGAGAAACUGCAAGUGUUGGUAUACUUACAAUAGCCUUUUCCCCAUUCCAGUUGUUUUGGACUACAACUCCCAUCAGCCCCAGCAGGCAAGGCCUAAGGAUCAGGGAUGAGGGGAGUGGUAGUCCAGAACAUCUUUGGUGCACCAGUUUGGGAGAACACCCGUCUGCUACAUGAACAGUUGUUACUACAAGAAUUCUGGCUUUCUUCCUCAAAAGAUCUACAUUUGCUACCAAGACUGAAGAUGAACAAUUUGAACAACAGUUCUCAAAACAAACAGCGAGAGUGCAGCAAAUAAAAAGGCACAGUCCAUCAAAAUAAUAAAUGCAGCAGGCAGGCUUUUAAAAAAAAGACAUAGGUCCAUUGCAGCAGCAGUAGAGAGGUCUCUGAAAAGCCAUGUUUGCCAGGGCAUCUAAAAACACUCUCCGUCUGGAGCCAUAACUGAAAAGACCCUGCAUUGCUGGGGGCUGGACUGGAUGACCCCCUGGUCCCUUCCAACUAUAUAUAAUUCUAUGAUUUCAUGACCCUGCGCCCCUGCUCUUUCUGGAGAUCUGCUAUACUUCUGUCAGUGAGGAACACACAGAGCAGACCACUGGCAUUGACACAAGGUGGGUGUGAGUGGGAUGAGCAUAUUGAGAGAAGGCCAUCCCUAAUGUACUUUUAAGAUGCCGCUUUCCAGAUACAAACAGUGUCCUAACUUAAAGCUGGAAAUGAAUAGUCAAUCAGUGCAGAUUGGACAAGACUGGAAUAAUAUGCUCUGACUGACCUGGUCCAGUGGUGGCAUUUCUGCACCUGUUGAAUGUUAGGAAUGUUUCUUCACAUCAGUCCUGUGUAGAGCAUGUUUCAGGAGUCCACUGUGAAGAUUGUGAACGGCCCUGGACAAGUCAGAUGUCUCUAGAAAAGGGCACAGCUUGCCUCCUCAUCAAAGCUGGUUAAAUGCAUGUUUUCUGCUCCUAUGGAGAGAGGCUGAGUUGGGUCUGUGUCUCAGCCUGUUGUCCGAGAUAACAACCCUUGCAGUUCAAAGAGAACUCGCCUUUCUGACCCCGUGUCCUUUGUAUUUUUCUUCCAACAGCUUCAACUCCCUCCUUCCAGAGUCUGGGAUUGUGGCUGACAUUGACCUGGAGAAUAUCCUCUCGCUGAGCAGUGACAACUUCUACGAACUGAAGAGCCAGCCCAUUGGAGUCAGGUAAGGAGCCAGAGGGCUGCCAUCUUUGAACCGCCUAGUAAGCUUGAGGGUAGGCCCUCUGGGCUGCGGCGGGGAGAGAAGGGGAAGGCUUUCCGAAUACCCCAAGAUCACCUUGAGGUCAGUCUGGAUGAUUUGCUUGAUCUGCUGCUGUUGCGCAAGUGAAUAAGGGAAACAAAGACGGACCAUCCUUUCCCAGGUUUCCUCACGUUUGGAUCCUUGCGGUGCUUCUGCUACCCCUCACUGGGGCAGAAGGAUGUGUAGGUGCCUCCAUUAUUUUUGCAUUGAUGAUCCUUAGAGCAGCAUGGUGGCUCGUAUAAGGACUUCAGCCUCCUAGGGAGAGAAAAAGAGGCAAGAUGACGUCAGGUCAGGCUAAGCUAUGGUUUCUUGCCCACGUCUCCGGACAGAAUUGCUGCCCUUGCUGAAGAUUCUGAUAUGGUGGUGCCUUGGUUCUCAAACUUAAUCCGUUCCAAAACCAAAGCAUUCCAAAACCAAGGCGCACUUUCCCAUAGAAAGUAAUGCAAAACAGAUUAAUCCGUUCCAGACUUUAAAAACAACAAUCCCUAAAACAGCAAUUUAACAUGAAUUUUAAUAUCUAAUGAGACCAUCGAUCCAUAAAAUGAAAGCAGUAAUCAAUGUACUAUAAAAUAAAUAAGGUGGUAUUGUAGUUGAUAAAAAUUAAAAUUAAUUUUUUUUCUUACCUGCACCGAUGAUAGUCAUUGUUUGGAUGGGGGGCUUUUAUCCAUUGCCGCAGUCACACAAUCAAUCCAUCAGUAGCUGAACUGGGCUUCACACAGUCACAAAAACAAAUUAACCGAAAAAGCCACAAAAGCGCAAAUUAAAUAUCAAAAACAAAAGCUCCAAACUUAAUCCGUUCUGGAAGUCUGUUUGACUUCCAAAAUGUUUGAAAACCAAGUCGCAGCUUCUGAUUGGUGCAGGUGCCCCGGAAACAAUAGCUGACAGCCGCAUCGGACAUUUGGCUUCCGAAAAACGGUCGAAAACUGGAACACUUACUUCCAGGUUUUCGGCGUUUGAGAACCAAGGCGUUUGAGAACCAAGGUGCCACUGUAUAGGGGAAUGCACAUGUUUAGGAAAUGGCCGAGACUUCUGCCGACACAGCUAUUUUUUUUUUUGUCCUUGCUCAGGAGACCUAGAAGGAAGCUUCCUUAUUUGAAACAGAAGUUAAAUUCAGACUGCUUGGGUAUUUUUUCCAGUGUAAAACACUGGAUUUUCAUAAAGGCCCCAAAUGGUUCUUGGGAACAGUUGUGAGGGGUUUGUAACCUGGAUGUUUCCUUGCACACAUGAGGACACCCUUUUCCCUUGGUGGCCUGGCAUUAUGGACUUAUACUUUGUCCCUGAGGUUCCUAUCCUCCUGCCCACCUGCCCUCUGUUCCUUUAUGAGACUCUCUGUACAAAUGUCUCACUGAGCAUGGUGUACAGGCAGCGACCAUUCUAUUAUUAUUAUUAUUAUUAUUACUACUACUACUACUACAGUAUUAUUAUUUAUUUUCUUUUUUAUACAUUUCAAUAAUUUUACAGUCAUUUUACCAUUUCAAAACUCGACUUCCUUCCCCCUCUUUCUGCGGUUCCUUAAAUUCAUUUUUUAUAUUUUCUGCAUAUUCCAAAUUAACUUAAUUUACUCAUUUAGUCAUCUCCUUUAAAUAUAUACUCUUAUAAAACUGCAGGUUGUUGCGCCAAUCCUGCCAAUGUUCUUAUCUGUUUACAGUUUAUUUGUAAAUAUAAAUAUUUCCAUUCUUUUAUAAAAAGUUUGUUAUCUUGAUUUCUUAUUUUUCCGGUAAGUUUUGCCAUUUCUGCGUAUUCCAUAAGUUUUUGUAUCCAUUCUUCUUUCACUAGGACUUCUUCUUUCCAUUUUUGGGGCAAGUAGCAUUCUCGCCACUGUAGUUGCAUACAUGAAUAUAUUUCUAUACAGUUUGGGUAGUUCUUGUUAGGAUAUUUCCGUUCCACCUUAAAAGGGAGCAGGCUAUGAGUCACAGAGUCUGCGUAUUUCCUGUUCACAGGAUGUUUAUGUUUUCUGUUGCUUUCGUUUUCUCUCUGUGUCGCAGACACUAAAAGCAGGCAGUCAUGUUUUUCUGUGUUCUGAUCAACGCUGAAUAAACUUGUAAAUAAUGCUCUCCUGAGUGCAACUUUUGGCUGUGCUAAUUGCUGAUAGAGUGUGCAUGAGCUCUGGAAUGUGUACAAGAUAUUUUCUAGAAACUCAUGUCGCUGCGUGCCUACGGGAGGUCGAUGGAUCGUCCCGCAGACGGCUUGGGGGCCAUGAUGGACUUUAUCUCCCUGGCAGUAUCCCUAUAAUUCCCAAAGGAAGGCUUCUGGGGUUUUUUUUAAAGGUGGUAACCAUUUUGCAUGGGGGUUUCCCAUGUGUGCAUCAGCAAAAGUCGGCGAUUGCCUGUCAAUUGGACUGGGUUUGGUAGGCACUGGCUGUAGAAGCUGGCUGUUGUUCUCUCACCCAUGUUCACCUUUGGACUUAGUGAGGCAGGCAGCCUUCUGAUGCAAUGCAAACAGUGGGGACGGAAGCAAACAAGACGGGGGAAAUUCCCCUUCUCUGCCACCCCAUGGCUGUCUCCUGCAGCCAAUUCCUCAGAGCACAAGAUCUGCAACUGGCUCAGAGGUAGAGCAUCAGUUUUGCAUGCAGAAUUUCCCACAUCAAUUCCUGGCAUCUCCAGGUGGACCUAGGAGUAGGUAGUGUCAUGUCUGAAACCCUCGAAAGCUGUUUGCAGUCAGUGCAGACAACAGUGAGCUAGGUGGGCCGACAGUCUAGCUUCCUAGUGUAAUAAACAAAAAUCUGCAAUAAACUAAAAUCUGCCCUUAUUCCCUUAUGGGGGACACAAGAGCCCUUAGAGAGUCCUUCGCAGUUUCUACAUCAGUCGUUACAGGAAUUUAGCAAUGUUAUAGGAAUUUAGUAAUCACCAUUUCAAAGGGUGACAGACUACCAGGAAAGGCAAUCAGAUAAGGCAUUAUCAGAUAACCAGGGAGACAGGAAAAACAACAUUCAAAUUUCUGUUGUAGACCACCUUUUCUGUGUUGUAGGUAUGAUGUUUGUGGGGGGUGGUCUUGGGUUACACCCCUUCUGUGAUGUAUGCAUCAAGAAGGACACUGACAAACUGGAAUGUGUCCAGAGGAGGGCAACCAAAAUGGUCAAAGGCUGGAAAACGAUGCCUUAUGAGGAACGGCUAAGGGAGCUGAGCAUGUUUAGCCUGGAGAAGAGGAGGUUAAGGGAGGUUAAGGGGUGAUAUGAUAGCCAUGUUCAAAUAUAUAAAAGGAUGUCAUAUAGAGGAGGGAGAAAGGUUGUUUUCUGCUGCUCCAGAGAAGCGGACAUGGAGCAAUGGAUCCAAACUACAAGAAAGAAGAUUCCACCUAAACAUUAGGAAGAACUUCCUGACAGUAAGAGCUGUUUGACAGUGGAAUUUGCUGCCAAGGAGUGUGGUGGAGUCUCCUUCUUUGGAGGUCUUUAAGCAGAGGCUUGACAACCAUAUGUCAGGAGUGCUCUGAUGGUGUUUCCUGCUUGGCAGGGGGUUGGACUCGAUGGCCCUUGUGGUCUCUUCCAACUCUAUGAUUCUAUGAUUCUAUGAUGUAUGGAGGGGUGGUCUUGAGCUCCAGGGCAGGGAAUUUAAAAUGUCUAUAUAAGGGCAGACUCACCUUUGUUCUGGGUUCCUCCUUUCCUGCAUGUGGGGGAGCACCCUGUUGCAACAGAUCAAUAAAGAUCAGGCUUACUAGCUGCUUUGCUUCUCAAUAUUCUCUGGUUGGCCUCUGUUAUUUUCUCCUACCAAUAGGGAACCCAUGUAAGGACUCUAUAUGGGCUCUUGGAUUCCCCAUAAGGGGAAAAGGGCAUAUUUUGUUUACAACAAGGGUGAUGGUAUGCCGCAGUUUUUCAACUGGCAUAGUGGUUUUUUUUGUGUGUGUGUUUUUUACCAGUAGUCCAUUUUUUUACAACUUCUUCCUUGCAGGAUGUAGGCAGGGGCUGCUUAAAGAGAGAGAUUCAGAGUUAUUGGUUGCAUAGCAGGGAAAGAGAACAAUGCAGGGAGAUUAGGUGUGUUGGAGGAGAAGGGUUGGGGGCUGCAGUUAAAGGACUAUGACCGGUGAGUGGAGAUAGGCCCUUAAUCACAGGGAUCUGCCAUUUUUGUGGCUAAUUAUUAAGCAGAAAUUGACCACAUAUCUUUGAGUUUCUUCCUCACAUCCAAGGGGGCCUGAAAAUGUUCCUUCCUCUUUCCCCCAGCCCCUUUUCCUCUUUCUUGAAGCUCUGAUUUUAAGGAUCCCACCGCAGCAACAUUAUCCUGCAUUUCUGGGUGUUUUAGUAUGAUGAUCUGCAGAUCAGCUGCAGUUAUGUUGUACUCUGUUCAUGUUACGGAUUAGGACAUACUCCCAGCACAAUGAUCAAAGUAGCCAAGCUUGUUCAUUUAUUUUGUUACUGUAUGGAUAGUUAAUGGAAUUUCCCAUCCUUUAAUGGCACUCACAAUUACUUGUUUAAUUUACAUAUGCAAAGGUGGCCUGCUUAUUCAUAAUAAUAUACAGUCAUACCUCAGGUUACAGCCGCUUCAGGUUGUGUUUUUUCGGGUUGCGGACUGCCGAAACCUGGAAGUACUGAAAUAGGUUACUUCCUGGUUUCAGCAGUCACGCAUGCGCAGAAGUGCUAAAUCACGCUUUGUGCAUUUGCAGAAGCACUGAAUCGCAACCCGCGCAUGCGCAGACGCGGGUUGCGAAUGCUGCAGGUUGCGAAUGUGCAUCUCGCACGGAUCACUGUAAUAAUAAUUCAUAAUAAUUUAUAUAUAUCCCACCCACCUGGCUGGGUUUCCCCAGCCACUCUGGGUGGCUCCAACUGAAUAUUAAAAUACAGCGUUAAACAUUAAAAACUUCCCUAAGCAGGGCUGCCUUCAGGUGUCUUCUAAAAGUCAGAUAGUUGUUUAUUCCCUUGACAUCUGAUGGGAGGGUGUUCCACAGGGCAGGCGCCACCACCGAGAAGACCCUGUGCCUGGUUCCCUAUAACCUCACUUCUCACAGUGAGGGAACUGCCAGAAGGCCCUCGGAGCUGGACCUCAGUGUCCGGGCUGAACGGACCUCAUCGACCUCUGUGCUCAGGGCGGUCUAUGUUGCAGCACUCUGGAUGUGGAACUCUUUCCCACUGGACGUACGGUGGUCCCCCAUGUCAGUAGGUCACCAUCAAGUCAAGAUGUACUUUUUCGUUCGGGUCUGUGGAGGUGACUGAUUUAUAGAACUGAUUUAUAGUCCCUUCUGCUGGGUUGCGGGUUUAUGACAAGUUUUACAAGUUUCUAUGUUUUGUUUGAUUUGUUGCUUUUGUAAUGAAAAUGUUGUCAGCUGCCUCGGGAACUUCUGAGUUCAAGGGCAGGUAAUAAGUCCAAUAAAUAAAUAAAAUCAAUAACACAAAGCCCAUUCUUAUAAAUUGUCUGUGUAGUUUUUAAAGCUAGAAUGAAACUCCUGGCACUUGUUCAGUCUCCACUCACAUAACUUACUUACCACCUCCUCUUUUUAAAAAACAAAAAUGAAGACAGGCCUUGGUAUUUUGUAGGCUGGAAAGAAAUUAGACUUUGUGAUCUUUACUUUAUUUUAUUUUAUUUUUUGUAAAGUGUUUUAUUAUUUCAUUUUAUAAUGUGUAUGAUAGAGAACAUUUAUAACAACAGGCAAAUUAAAAGAUGAAAAACAAAAAUAUAAAAUAGGCAUUUAGAAUGAGUAGUUGUACACGAGUUAAAAUAACAAAGUUCAAAUAAAGAUUAUCAACUUUAUCAGAUCAUCAAGUCUUGUUCCAAAUCUAGCACGCUUGUGACGAGGGUUGUCUUCAAAUGAUGGUUUUGAUACACAGGUCAUAAAGGAAUGCCAGAGCAUAUAAAAAGUAUCUGGAGGUUCUAGCCUUUGUUGAAAUCUGAAAUUAUAAUAAUAAAAAAUAAUAAUUUUAUUGUUUAUGUGCCACCCAUCUGAUUUGGGUUGCCCCAGCCAUUCUGGGCGGCUCCUAACAAAACAUUAAAAGCACAAUAAAUGUCGAACAAUGAAACCUUCCCGAUACAGGUCUCUGGAAAGUCAAAUAGUUGUGUAUUUCCUUGACGUUUACUGGAAGAGUAGCUCUACAGAAGCAAGCCAUGAGAAACAGAGCUGAGUUGGAAUCAGCCUUUUUUUAUUUUUUAAAAAAUUGAUUUUACAAAUUCAUUCACACAAAUAAUAUUCUUGCAAAUAUUACAAUUUUACAUAAGAUUCUUUAUCUAAAGAAUUUUAUGUAAUUAUUUAAAACCUGCCAAAGAGUGGAAUCAGUGUUGAUUGAUAAUGUGGAAUUCAAUACUGCCCUCCUCCAGUCCUUCCUUCUGUGCAAGCGGAAGAAGGGGAGACCCCUUUAAACUGAGAGCCGAGUUCUGCCCAUGACAUCAGUGCUAGAGGGCAGGUUUCAAGGCUACCUGCAAGCAAUUAACAACAAGAGAGAGAGAGAGAGAGAGGAUUUGCAAGGUUUGACAGAUGGUUGGGAGAACGAUUUCCAUGGUGACGCUGUAGGGAACAAUCUUUGGGAAAAGGCACUGCCCAAGUCAGAGAAGCAAUGCUUCAAAUGGUUUCUAAAUGGCAUUGCACACUGGAGAAACGGGACGUGGGUGGCGCUGUGGGUUAAAACACUGUGCCCGCUUGGGCUUGCCAAUCGAAAGGUCGCGGUUCGAAUCCCUGCGACUGGGUGAGCUCCCGUUGUUCGGUCCCUGCUCCUGCCAACCUAGCAGUUCGAAAGCACACAGCGCAAGUAGAUAAAUAAGUACCGCUCCAGCAGGAAGGUAAAUGGCGUUUCUGUGCGCUGCUCUGGUUUCGCCAGAAGCGGCUUAGUCAUGCUGGCCACAUGACCCGGAAAAACUGUCUGUGGAAGCGGACAAACGCUGGCUUCCUCGGCCUUUAAAGCGAGAUGAGCACUGAAACCCAGAGUCGUUCACGACUGGACUUGUCAGGGGUCCCUUUACCCUUUACCUUUACACACUGGAGAAAUUCUCCUUCGUAUCCAAAACAGUCUCCCGCUCCUGCUGGAAGAGUAGGGCAAGCAAAGGAACAGAUUGCCAGCUAUGGUUGGGAAUGUUCUGCAGUGGCAUGCUUUGGGGAUAACGUUUUUGAAGAACUUAAUACUUUAUUACAGGCCUGAAUCUCUUGCUUAUACCCUCUGUGUUCCUCGUGAAAAAGAUCAUGAGCAGAUGUGGGGAACUUGAGACCCUCCAGAAGUUGCUGGACUACAACUCCCAUCAACCCUGGCCAUUUGCCAUGAUUUCUAGAGCUGAUGGGAGUUGCAGUUCAGUCAAAUCUGGUGGGCCACAGGUUCCCCAUGCCUGAACUUGAAGGGAAAAUGUACGGUAUUUUUGUUUCAUAUUAAAAAAAGGAAACCUUGCAUAAUUUAACGUUUAUCCAAAUGAAAUUCAGUAACAUCAGCUCCCCCCCACAUGUGGCCUCCAUUUAUGUUUUUCAACUUUUUAGAGACACAAGAUGGCAAUAGGGACAAAUAUUUAACCUUUAACCGAACCCAGUGCAGAACUCUGAAUGUAGAAAACAAAUUUUUCUUUUAAAAGAACUUUACCAACUGAUGGAACUGUUGUCUGUACACUCAAAUGGAUUAGAAUCUCAGCAUUAAGUAUUCUAUUGACAUCCGACAUUAAAUUCUCCUGUUCAGUAGGUUUUUAUUUCUAUUCCAUCUCUGAGGCUGACCUCCCAGUUUUAUACAUUUUAAAGAAAUAGUUCUCUAACGUGCUUGAUAUAAGGUUCCGUUAGUAACAUCAGCUUUUGACUGCCUGUUUCGUUCUGCGUCCAGGUUGUGUCUAGGGCAGGGAAUCUGGUCACUACAGUGGUACCUCUGGUUGCGAACAGGAUCCGUUCCGGAGGCCCGUUUGCAACAUGAAAAGAGCGCAACCCACAGUGGCGCGUCUGGCUAUUCACCGCUUCUGCACAUGCGCAUGAUGACAUUUUGCGCUUCUGUGCAUGCGCGAGUGGCGAAACCCGGAAGUAACCCUUUCCGGUACUUCCGGGUCACUGCAGGAUGUAACCUGAAAGAACAUAACAUGAAGCAAAUGUAACAUGAGGUAUGACUGUAGUUUCAUUACAGGAGUGUGCAGAACCCUGGUACAGUGGUAUCUCGGGAUACCGUAUUGUCUGUGCAUGUGCACAUCGCUUUUUGCUGCUUCUGUGCAUGCGCAUGACGUCAUUUUGAGCGUCUGCGCAUGCUUGAGCGGCGAAACCCGGAAGUAACGCACUCCGUUACUUCCAGCUUGCCGCGGAGCUCAACUUGAACGUGCUCAACAUGAAGCAUAUUCAGCCUGAGGUAUGACUGUAGUGAGAUUUCCUUGAUGGCUGCUGAAUGUUCUCUCUCUCCUUCCUCUGUUCUGGCAGCCCUCCGAGUGCCCCAGCUCAGGGUCCCGCCAUGUCGUCCCGCGUGCUUCUCCGGCAGCAGCUGAUGCGGGCGCAGACGCAAGAACAAGAGCGCCGGGAGCAGCAGCAGGCGGCACAGUUCACUCCGGCGCCCCCUGCGCCUUCCACACCCGCCAUUUCCAUGAGCCCCCUCGCUCGCCCUGCCCCUGCCCAGGUUCCUGUGGAGGUACUGAAGGUGAGUCGGAAGGAGAGAGGAAGUCCAGGAGGGGUGGCAGUCGGCUCUGAUCUUGCCCAGAGGGACUGUGUGGCAGGAGGAGGGCUGGGUGGCCUAGUGGUGGGAGCAUUUCCUUCUUUGGGGGUGGGAUGCUAUAGCACUGUAACAGGGAAAACUGCAAGAUGGCCAUGAAAUGGUUGAUGGCUCUAAACACAGCUUGAGCUGGCUGGCAUAAGUCACCAUUGAAGUGUCUUUCUGUGGCAUGCUUGUGGUACCAUUGAGGUUAGCGCUCAUUGACUGUUUAGGUCCGUGGUUACAUUUGAACUUUUCAGUAGGUACCACCCUCUCCAGUCACUCCUCUCUCCCCUCCCCUGGAUCAGCCCCCACCCAGAGAAACAAAGAGAAAGUGCACCCCCCCAACACACAAAUGAUUUCCCCAAAAGUCAGAUCCAGCAGAAUCUGAGCCUUCGAAAGCACAAUAAAGGCGAAAAAAGGAAGUGGGAAAGAACGUCGCUCUUUCAACUUCCUCCUUAUGCUCUGUGUGCAUUUCAAGGGAGAAAAAAGUAGCAAUUCUCACUGCUGGUGAGGUAGUGAAUAAUAAUAAUAAUAAUAAUAAUAAUAAUAAUAAUAAUAAUAAUAAUUUAUAUCCUUCCCUCCCCAGCCAAAGCCGGGCUCAGAGCGGCUAACAACAAUAAAAAUAGCACAGUUUACAUAAAAUCACAACCAAUUAAUUAAAAUACAUUCGAAAAUCAAUUCAGAAUCAGAUUAAUGGCAACCAUUGGGCUAGAGUUCUAUGAGGAUUACAUAGGGAAGGGGGUCUCAGAGGCUUCACGGGCACCAUGCCCAGUGGAAUGACAUUGGUGGCCUCUGGUUUUGGUAGAUCAGUACGGGAAGAAGCUGGGUCACCUUCCCCCAAUGUGGUGUUUCUCCAGAGGUUUUUGGACUGCAAUUCCCAUCAGCAGAGCUGGUGGGCUUGGUGGGUCAGUGGUUCUGCCCGGUGACAUGAAGGGGCUUGAUCUCUCUUUGAUUCCCUUCAAAUGCAUUAUUUAUUUCAAAACAUUUCCAUCCUGUCUUUUAUUUGGAGAGUUCACGUCUGCUUAAUGACCAAGAUAACAUAACCAAGUUGCCUUCCUCUGACACCGGCGUUUGCUUGUGACUGCAUCCAUGUCCAGCAGUUGUUACUCAAGGCUAGGCUCGUUCUGCUGAUGCUUAUUCUGCUCAGUUUUAAGAAUUACUGGUUUAGACAAUCUGUGUCUUUUACGAUUGCUGUCGAGCGUGACUAUCUCUAGGGUCUCAAGCCAGCUGAGGUGCUCUUUGGGGUUUGCUAUCAACAUGCUAUAAGGGACGCGGGUGGCACUGUGGGUUAAACCACAGAGCCUAGGACUUGCCGAUCAGAAGGUUGGCGGUUUGAAUCCCCGCAACAGGGCGAGCUCCCAUUGCUCGGUCCCUGAUCCUGCCAACCUAGCAGUUCGAAAGCACGUCAAAGUACAAGGAGAUAAAUAGGUACCGCUCCGGCGGGAAGGUAAAUGGCGUUUCUGUGCACUGCUCUGCUUUGCCAGAAGCGGCUUAGUCAUGCUGGCCACAUGACCCAGAAGCUGUACGCCGGCUCCCUCGGCCAAUAAAGCGAGAUGAGCGCCGCAACCCCAGAGUCUGUCACGGCUGGACCUAAUGGUCCCUUUACCCUUUACCUUUACUUUAUCAACAUGGUGCACCUCGCAGUGCUUUGGGCUAUAACUCUCCUCAUCGCUUUGAGCUCAGCCCGGCUCAAGGGAUGGGCAGAAGGAUCCCAUGGAAGAGUCAGCAGCAUGCUGUAAGGCAGGGAUAGUCCAGAACAUCUGGCAAGCACAUAGGCUGCCCCUGCAGUUGCUCCAUAUUCUUCGAAAUGAACCCUUCUCCCUCGUAAGUGCAGAGGUUGGGCUUCAGUCGCUUGAGUUCUGGCUGGCUGGCGUUCUUUUUCCUGUGGCUAAUGGCCCUUCUCUUCUCACCUCUGAGCUUAGGUCCAGACCCACCUGGAGAAUCCCACCAAGUAUCACAUCCAACAGGCGCAGAGGCAACAGGUGAAGCAGUACCUCUCCACUGCCAUGGGGAGCAAGAUAGCAACACAGGCUGUAGCUGGGACAAGUCCAGGGGCCUCCACCUGCUCCCCACAGGCUGCCUCUGCUCCUGAGCCACAACAUGGUUUGGCCAAGCAGCCGGGAGUGGCAGGGGGUCCUGGCAGCGCCCCCAAUAGCCCCAUGGCUAUGCUGAACAUUGGCUCCAGUUCUGAGAAAGAGGUGAGUACAACUCUACCUCAAUUACCUUUUGUUUGUCCCUCCCUCCUUGCUUUUCUGAUUAAGGUCUCUUAUCUCAGGUUUAACUGCUUCCCUUUUAAAAAUUAGAUUGAUGAUGUAAUUGAUGAGAUCAUCAGCCUGGAAUCCAGCUACAAUGAUGAAAUCCUUAACUACGGAGGCCUACAGAUGCCCAGCACUGUGAGUAGCCGUUUUUGUGGGUUCUCGGCAGAGGCGUGAUUGUGGGGGGAAAUGGAAUUUAAAAUGGAUCAGAACUUCCAGCCAUAGCUAGCACAACUUAUAGGGCUGUCAACUGAUUAUUAUUAUUUUUUAAAAAACAGUUCAUUGAUUUAAUCUCCUCUGUUGCAUUAAUGGGUGGAAGUUAAUAAAUCUUACUUAUGCGGAGAAACUUUUCAGCUUCUGCUUUCGUCAGCAGCUCUGAUAAAAACGAGAGGAUGCUGUUGCUGAAUAAAUUUCUCUUUUGUUAAUCGCAGUAGCGUAUAUCUUGUUUUUUUAUAAUAAUUUUUAUUAAUUUUAACAUAUAAAUUAUAAUACAUACCACAAAACUUCACCACUUAUACAAUCUUUUUUUGGACUUCCAUCAGCACCCCUGAUGAUCCACCGUUUUAACCACUUCUUAUGCAUUUCUUAAAUUCAUAUUGCCUUUAAUAAUCUUAACUAACCAUCCUCCCCUUUAUCCAUUUUUGCAAUAGUUCCAAUAAUUCACCUCACAAAACUUCUUGCAAACCUACAACUGUAGUCUUGAUCAUCACAAGUACUUUUCAAAUAGUCUGUAAAUUUACACCAGUCUUCUGUGAAUUUCUGGUCCCGCAGAUUUUGAAUCCUUCCUGUUAGUUUAUCUUAUUCUGCAUAGUCCAUAGCGUAUAUCUUGUUUUAACCAAAUCCCCAAAGGGACCUGGAGCCAGCUUGUGAAUUGUAGUACACUGAAGAGCAGAGAGCUGGCAAGGUGAUUUCAGAGCCCUGUGGCCUGGAGGCCUUGCCCACUUCUGACUUGGGCCAGACUUAUCUAUGUGAAAGUAAGUUGAACUCUUCCUAUGAUUAUGUGCAGCUGCCAGUCUCUGGAAACCUCCUGGAUGUAUACAACAACCCAGGAAUGAUGGAGCCAGCUGUGACAGUUAGCAACUCCUGCCCGGCUGACCUGCCCAAUAUCAAGAGAGAGAUGUCAGGUACUGGGGGUUCUUGCAUUCCAAACCAUCAGGGCUCAGCAGAAGUAAGAGGCUGUACAGCUGGGAAGGGGUAGCGACUUCAGAGUCAUCCCUGACCAUCAUUUUUGUGGCUUAUGUGUCUUCCUUAGCAGAAAAUGAAGCCAAAGCGUUCCUGAAGGAAAGGCAGAAGAAAGACAACCAUAAUCUGAGUGAGUUCCCUUUACUGGUGAAAACGCCAUCUUAAAAAUGUUUAAUGCGAUAUUGCGUUGUGUCCCACUUAAGUGCUGCUGAAAUGAAUGGACGCAAAGUUAUUCAUGUCUGCAAAUUUCAGUGGGCCUGCUCUGAGGAUAAGGAAUGCCUUGGUGACGGCAGGAGAGUAUUUGUUAUCUAUUUGUUAUUUUGAAACCUAAGCAUUGCAUAGGGACACAGCUACUUUUUGUGUGAUUAUAUCUGGCUCCAAGUGUCAAGUAGGGAUGCGGGUGGCGCUGUGGGUUAAACCACAGAGCCUAGGACUUGCCGAUCAGAAGGUCGGCGGUUCGAAUCCCCGCGACGGGGUGAGCUCCCAUUGCCCAGUCCCAGCUCCUGCCAACUUAGCAGUUCGAAAGCACGUCAAAGUGCAAGUAGAUAAAUAGGUACCGCUCCAGCAGGAAGGUAAACGGCGUUUCCGUGUGCUGCUCUGGUUCGCCAGAAGCGGCUUAGUCAUGCUGGCCACAUGACCUGGAAGCUGUAUCCCGGAUCCCUCGGCCAGUAAAGCGAAAUGAGCGCCGCAACCCCAGAGUCGGCCAUGACGGGACCUAAUGGUCAGGGGUCCCUUUACCUUUAAGCAUUGCAUACUUGGGGGACAGAGAAGUUUGUAGGUACACAGAAAGUGGCCUUAUACCGACUCAGACAGUUUGCAUUGUCUGCUUUGAUUGACGGCAGCUCCCCCAGGGUCCCCGACAGAGGAUCAGGAUCAUCACCAGCCAGCAUGGCCAAUGUUCAGAGAUGAGGGGAGUUGCCAUAGAAUCAUAGAACUGUAGAGAUUGAAGGGACCAAACCCCCUGCAAUGAAGAAAUCUUUUUGGCCAGCAACCCUGAGAUUAAGAGACUCAUGCUCUAUCAACUGAGCUAUCCUAGGAGCGUAGAAUUUUGGGGCUAAGCUAGAGUUGAUACAGUACACCAUGGGUAGCCAAACUAAGGCCUGGGGGCCGGAUCCGGCCCAAUCACCUUCUCAAUCCGGCCCAUGGAUGGUCCAGGAAUCAGCAUGUUUUUACAUGAGUAGAAUGUGUCCUUUUAUUUAAAAUGCAUCUCUGGGUUAUUUGUGGGGCACAGGAAUUUGUUUAUUAUUUUUUUUCAAAAUAUAGUCCGGUCUCCCACAAGGUCUAUGGACCGGCCCCCUGCUGAAAAAGUUUGCUGACCCCUGCAGUACGCUCUACUCUUUUGGGGUGUUAGUUACUCAAAUGCCUUUGCUCCACUGAUGCAUUUUAACCUACCAAACUUGAACGCAUAUUUUAAAUUUUGUGUUACCUAUUACAGUGGUACCUCGGGUUAAGUACUUAAUUCAUUCCGGAGGUCAGUACUUAACCUGAAACUGUUCUUAACCUGAAGCACCACUUUAGCUAAUGGGGCUUCCUGCUGCUCCAGCACCGCCAGAGCACGAUUUCUGUUCUCAUCCUGAAGCAAAGUUCUUAACCUGAAGCACUAUUUCUGGGUUAGCGGAGUCUGUAACCUGAAGAGUAUGUAACCUGAAGUGUAUGUAACCUUGAAGCAUAUGUAACCCAAGGUACCACUGUAUUGUUUUAAAGCAAAGGGCAAGAGGAAAUUUGUGGCGGUGUUAACCAAGGUAUAUGUUUGGAGGUUUCGAUGCUAAACUGGUUGGUCCUGUUGGAUUGAUCCAAAAGAGGGGCGGGGAAUGAGGGAUGGUUGGUUGACACCACUCAAACCAGUGUUGGGAGAGGAAGUAAAAGUGCAAGGCUGCUAGGCUUGUGGACCUGAUCAGGUAGGAGUGUGCAAACUGGCUGAGCCAGUUAACAGAGUAUGCCCUGGGCUAAUCUGAUGGGUUAAGAACAGGAUUGGCUGACUCAGCUUGUUUGGUAGCGGCCAAUGUAACUUCGCUCUCUCUCCCCUGCAUUUCCCCAAACAUUUUGUGUGAUGUACCAACACACCAUUUGGGCCCUGUAUCUGAGCUGCAUUUGUGACCAUGUAUAAGCCUAGAUCCUGCACCAAGAUCACCCAGCUUCUGUGGCAAAAAGGCACUGGAUUCUUGCGGCCUUUAUAAAUUAAGCCUGUUUGGGCAGCUUCUCCUUCACAUGUUGAUGGUGGUGGGGAGGAACAAGGAGCUACUCAGGUCACUGAAUUCCUGACUACUGGAAAUAUUAUUGAGCAGUCUGCCUGGCACCUGAGACUUCACCAGUGGCGCUGCCUACAUGCCAGGGCCGGAUUUAGGUUUGAUGAGGCCCUAAGAUACUGAAGGUAAUGGGGUCCUUUAUAUGUCCAGCUGUCCUUUGUCAACAACAAAUUUUGGCUGUUUUUUGUAUUGAAUAUAUGCUAUAUAGUAACUUAUGGACCUAACAGGUAUCUAAAGCCAUUUGCACAUAACAAAACCAGUGAUAUUUUAGGGAGCAGGCUAGCAGGCAUUACCUACAUCACAGGAGCCUACACAACACAAAACGCUGUUGCUGCAUGUAGGUUUUAUUUUACAGUGGUGCCUCGCAAGACGAAAGAGUUUUGCGUUUUUUGAGUCGUUCCGCAAGACGAAUUUCCCUAUGGGCUUGCUUUGCAAGACGAAACGUCUUGCGAGUUCUUGCGAGUUUGUUUCCUUUUUCUUAAAGCCGCUAAGCCGCUAAUAGCCGUGCUUCGCAAGACAAAAAACCACAAGACGAAGAGACUCGCGGAACGGAUUAAUUUCGUCUUGCGAGGCACCACUGUAUAUGUUUUUUAUCUUAUAUUUUGGAAAUGUACAUCCAGUUUUUUUCCCUUUAAAUUUUUUUGGGGCCCCCAAGAGAGUGGGGCCCUAAGCUAUAGCUUCUUUAGCUUAGACGUAAAUCCAGCACUGCUAUAUGUUUACAAGCCUAUUUUUACAACCAUAAGGGCUGGAAGCCUGGGUUCUCUCUUUGAAGAAACCUGAGAUCCUUGGGAAGGCUGAAUCUGGUGCCCAGUUCCACUUGGUUCUCUGCUUGUGUGGCAUUUCAUCAUACCCCCCAGCCCUCAAUCCAGGGCUCAUGCCAGUAAGGUAUAGUUUGAGGUUUGGAGGUGUACCAGGCAGAGAGAAAUACCUGGCUGACUUUGGGCAAGGCACUGCAUUCUCUGCCUAGCCUACCUUAUAGGGCUGUUGUGGGGUUAAAUGAGUUGAUCGAAUGGCAAAAUGCUUUGCUUUCUGGAAAGUGCUGUGGAAAUGAGGUUUUUUGUUAUUUUCUUAAACUAAUAAAGAUAACAUGAGUAGCUGUGCUUUAAUGAUAUCUUGUGCCACUUAUGUUUCUCUCCCUCUUGGCAGUUGAGCGGCGGCGGCGGUUCAAUAUCAACGACCGUAUCAAAGAGCUGGGGACUCUCAUCCCCAAAUCGAAUGAUCCGUAAGUGUAGUAGAUGAAUGACAAUUGCUGAGCACCGUGACAUAAAGGCCUGUUGGGUGGGGGGGGUGCGUGGAGGAAAGCUGUGAGUUCCCCUCCCUUGAGAAGCCUGAAAGUGUACGCCACCCUCUGCCAACCUGGCACCCUCUGGAAGUAUUGGGCUACAGCUCUAAUAAUAAUAAGAAGAAUAAGAAUAAGAAUAAUAAAUUUUUAUUUAUACCCCGCCCUUCCCGGUUCAAAAACUGGGCUCAGGGCAGCUAACAACAAAUUUAAAACUCUUAAUUGUAAAAUCAGCAUAAAAUACAGUAUAAAAACAUGAAUAACAAUAAAAUUCAAAAUUCAGAAAUCAAUUUAGGGGAAAUAAGCAUUAGAUAAUCCCCAGGGCUAGCUGGCUGAUUUGGUCCUACUUGGGCCAGCGAGGAGGCCAGGGGAGAAUUAGCUGUGGGGUCUCAGAGCGGGUGAUCUUCAUAAAAGGGGAGGGGGAAUUAAUUUGAAUUCAAAUUAAAGGCCAGGCGGAAUAGCUCUGUCUUACAGGCCUGACGGAAGGAGAUUAAAUCCUGAAGGGCCCUAGUCUCAUGGGACAGAGCAUUCCACCAGGUCGGAGCCAUCACUGAAAAGGCCCUGGCCCUGGUGGAGGGUAGUCUGACUUCCUUAGGGCCCGGGACCUCUAAGCUAUGGUUAUUCAUGGACCUUAAGGUCCUCUGUGGGGCAAACCAGGAGAGGUGGUCCCGUAAAUACGAGGGCCCUAAGCCACCAUGAGCUGUGUUCACUGGGGCAGAUGGGAGUUGUAAUCCAAAAUAUUGGGGAGGGGGGCAUCAGGCUGGAGGCAGUGCAUUCACCCAUCUUCUAAUUGCUGUUGUAUUCUAAAUGUGUCUUCAGUACUGAUAGUUUGCCUGUUUGGGUGGCAAGAUUUUUUUGUCCUUUGAGCUAUAUCUUACCAGUGUAUACAGUACUGAGUAGAAUAUAUUGUAUAUAUGUUUGUAUACUCAUGAAGGAUUCAUUCUCUGAAUGCCUCUCCAUAUGUAGCCAGAAUGAUACCAUCUGUGUAGAAGUGGGGAGGUGUCAGUAGGCUUGGUGCAACCCCAAAGUUGGAGGAGCUCCAAAAUCUUUAGGAUAAAAUCCCUUGGGCAGCAGGGAAAGGAAAAACUCAGAAAACAAACCAAUGAGGACUUGGCAUGCCCAGUGGUCAUGGAAACUGACUGACUGGCAGGAGGAGAGAAGGAAGGAAGGAAUGGAGUAUCCUGGCAGUGGGUAGGGAGCCUGCCAGCCAGCCAUGUACACACAGCAACAUUUUACAUUACUUAGUCCACUAGCCAUGAUAACUAGGGCUGCAGAUUCUAGGGCUGGCAUCCUUUUGGUGCCCAGGGGCAUCUGACUGUCCUGCUGUUGGAAACAGGAUGCUGGACUCAACCGGACCUUGGUCCAGUAAUUCUUCUUAGUGUGUGUGUAUGUAUGUAUUGGAACGCACAGACCUUAAUUUAUGAUGAGUUAAAAAACAGUUUGGAAACAUUUCUAAAAAGACCAGAGGCAUUUCUGUUAAGGAUUGUUGGCAGGGACAUCCCAAAUGCCGUUAGGGAGGUAUUUUUAUAUGCAAUGGCUGCAGCUCGGACUUUGGUGGCAAAGGGGUGGAAGGAAGAAGUCCUGACAAUAACGGAUUGGCAUAACAAGCUACAAGAAUUUGCUGAAAUGGCGCAGUUGACAAAUAGCCUGAGAGGCACUUCAAAACAAAAAAUUAUGGAAAAGUGGGAUAGAUAUAAGAUGUAUGUUCAAAAAUACAGUAAAGGUUCGCUAUCUGUGCUAGCAUUCGGUUGAAGUUGGAGAGGGACUGAGUUGAGAAAUAAGACCAAGGGUAUUAGAUAAAAUGUAAAGAAAUAUACAAUAAUACGAGUAUAUUCAUUUGUAAAAAAGGAAUAUGCAACUGGAUAGACAGGAAGUCCAAAGUGGUGGUAUAUUCUGUAUUUUUCGCUCCAUAAGACGCACCUGACCAUAAGGUGCACCUAGUUUUUAGAGGGGAAUGCACGGAAAAAAAAUACUAUUUAAAGGGAGAGCUGAGCAGAGCUUGUAUGCAUCCCAGGCUCUGCUCAGCGCUCCCUUUCACAAGCCGCGUGGAGCGUGUGUGCGGUGCUUGCAGGCUUUUCCCUGAGAAGGGCUUUUCCCUCCUCAGGGAAAAGCCCCCAAGAGCCACACACACACUCAGCGCUGCUCUUUAAAGGGGGCUUUUGCGGGAGGUGGGGGAAGUGACAGAGCUCGCGGCUCUGUCACUUUCCCCACCUCCCACAAAAGCCAGGGAUAGCCGUGCGAAGCCUCCGCAGGGCAGCGGGAUGAAGGCUCCCCGCUGCCCUGCGGAGGCUUCGCGCGGCUAAGCCAGAAGCCAUAACAGUCAGCGGGAUUGCAGCUCAGCAACCCCGCUGGCUGUCCUUGCUUCUUGCUUCUCCUGGGCAAGGGGAGCCUUCAUCCCCUGCCCGGGAGAGGCUGCGCAUGGCUAAGGCUCCCCCAAGACCCGUGCUCCCUUUAAAGAGCGCGUGGAGGGCAGCCCUUCUCCCUCCUCAGGGAAAAGCUCCACGCGGCUCUUUAAAGGGAGUGCUGAGCAGAGCCUCCUGUCUGCAUUCGCUCCAUAACACACACACACACACACACACACACACACACACACACACACACAAACAUUUCCCCUUACUUUUUAGGAGGGGAAAAGUGCGUCUUAUUGAGUGAAAAAUAUGGUAUAUGAUUCUGGAACAGUUUUUUGCCCUCCCCCCCCCCCUUUUAGUAUAUAAACUUUGUAUACAUGUUGAAAAUUAUAGUAUAUGAUGUAAUAUGAUAAUGUUUACCGAUGUAACGUAAGAACUUUAAUAAAAUUAAAAAGAAAGAAAAAGGAAUGCAGCUCCUCUUCCCCCUCCUCCCUAGGGAGAUGCGCUGGAACAAAGGAACCAUCCUCAAAGCCUCGGUGGAUUACAUCCGGAAGCUGCAGAAAGAGCAGCAGCACUCGAAAGAGAUGGAACUCCGGCAGCGCAAGUUGGAACAGGCCAACCGCAGCCUGCAGCUGCGAGUGCAGGUAGAAAGAGCGGGUGCCAUGCUCAGGAGGGGGUAGGGGUGGGGCGGGAUGCAGAAGGUGUAGUUCAGGCAUGCUGCUGGGUCUCACGCUCCCGUCUCUGGUCUCUUCCCCAGGAGCUGGAACUCCAGGUGCAGAUGCACGGGCUGCCCUUGACUUCCGCACAGGGGCUUCUGACUCAGCCCUUGGGAGGAGACCCAGUUCCUUCCUUUGCAGAGUCCCUGGACCUGCCCUUCACAGCAGAGGAACUGGGGCUGGGCCUUGCUCUGGGCUCCGACGGGGGAGCCCUGCAGGAUGUUCUCAUGGACGAUGGGACCGCUCUGUCCCCGCUGGGUGCCUCUGAUCCGCUCCUCUCCUCCGUCUCGCCUGGCGCCUCUAAGGGCAGCAGCCGCCGUUCCAGUUUCAGCAUGGAAGAUGAUUCGUGAUGGCAGCGCUUGGGACUUUUCGGCAACGGAAGAGGAGCCGGAGAAGGCUCCCACCCUUACUCACCGUGCCCUGCUCCUGCUCUUGACUAUUCCUCUCCCUCAAAUCUUGGAGGCUUUUCCCCCCUCUGCUGCUAUAGGCUGUGCCCCUUCCUUUCCCCGACAUUCCAUAUUUUGGGAGAGCUUGAGCUGCUGCCUCUUUAGCAAGAGGGCCAUGGGAAAGAGGGCUUGCAGAGCCAUAUAGUACCAGUCCUCCCCUGGAGCAAGAGAAAUAGGGUGUCCCAUCACAAAGUGAGGGGCCCUAAGCCUUCUGGACCCAAGCUUCAGAAACUCUGGGAAUAGUGGGUUUUUGCGUUUCCCUAAACCUGCCAUUUUAAACGUUAGUAGGGCGUUUCUUUAACACUGUGUGAGGAGCGUAUAGCCACAAACCUCAGUUCAUCCACUCCAACCCUCAGUUUGCAUUCUUGCGCCUUUGCUGUAUAUAAUUUGGGGAAAUUAAGGUGGGAGAGGAGGAGAAAGUGGCCUCCUUGCUUUUGCAUAAUUUAGAGGCACUCUCCCCUUUAAAAGAAGUUAGGUUUAUUUUAUAUAGUUAUCGGACGUUUUUUAUUCGUAACUCUCACCCUUCCUUGUUUAAGUCGGCAGAUUCAACGUUUUAUCAAAACUACCGCUUUUAAUUUUUUUUUCUUCGUCUCUUUCCCUUCAGUUCUGACCUGAUCGCAGAAAAACUUGAUUUUUGUCCCUUGUGACUUCUUUGUGGGCAAAGUGGGGUGCAGAGGCGGAAAAAUUCGUGAAAUAAUGUUCUUGCUCAUGUGGUUGCAUUUAAGGGUACAUUACUGCCACACAGCAUUUAAUUGUCACCCCUGUUUGUUUGUUUUUUAAUAUAAAUGAAGCUAUAAUCAAGUUUUUUUUAUAUACUCAAAAACUUUUUGCAUACCAAAUGGACAUUAGGAGAAACAGAGAGCAAAUGAGACUGUACUGUUUAUUGAAUCCACUAGUUUUUUAAAAUACUGGAAGCAGGCUUCUGUAUGACCCAACUCGUCGUUGGGUGUAAAAGUGUGGCCGCAAUUGCUGCAGAGACAAUCAUUUGGGCUCCAGUAUUAGCCUCACCACUGUGUGAAUGUGUGUGAACCCCCUUGAAACAGAAGUGGUCACCCAGGAGUAGCUGUCUCAAAAUGUUAUCUAAAAGCACUAAGCUUUUAUGGCUUUUUAGGGUAACUUGUGCCCCUCUAAGAAGUUAUUUGAUUCUACCUGCCGUCAUCCCAUGAUUAUUGGCCAUCCUGGCUGCGGCUGAUGGCAGCUUAAAUCCAACAGCUUCUAGAGGGCUUUGCGUCUCUCCCGCACUUUAGAAUCACAGCAUAGUCUGAAGUCUGUGCUGGAAAAUGGAAUACCAGACGUCUGUCCUUCAGAAAGUGUAAUUUUGGGUGGGAUUUAACUAAUGAGUCCUGUCCACAGAAGCCCAGUGCUCGACCCUCCAUUUCUAGUGUGGGGCUUCUCUUCAUUUCAUCCACACGUCCCAUGAAAUUGGCUCUGGGGAGGUCGGGAUAACUUCUGGAACAGUGGGUGGGGGACUGCUCCAUCUGGCAAGCCAAAAAGGAACAAUCACCUUAGCAUGAUGUUGAAUUUCACCCUUUGAAACUGAGAAGAGCUGCCUUACUGGAGGUUGUCACUGGGUAGGAGGAAAUAUGGGUAGUUUCUAGGCUGGGACCUUUUUGAGCUGGAAAUGAGGGUAACAGGAGUGAGUGUUCAAUGUAAACCAGACACUGUAGUGGUAUUCCAGUGUGUGUUGUUUGUAACAAGCAAGAGGACCGAGCGCAGAGGAAGUUGGAAAAAUGAGAUUAGGGCAAGUGGUCGUAGAUCUUAAAAGGAGUAGAACUGGGUUCCAUUAACUAAAGGUUGAGUCUGAUUAAGGGGAUGAAAGGGAUAGAAUUUCAGGCUGAGGGAAGGGGCUGGUUUUCCUGUUGUGGAUUCUACAUCCUCAGUGAUGACCCAGAUUGCACCUUCUGUCCUUUUACUUUGUAUGUUUAAACAUUCCCACUACCAGUACUAGAGGCUUCUAAACAAAUAAACCAGCAAUGACCAUUUUCUAUAGC